UAGUCUGGGACUGGGAUUCCAAUGGCAAGCAUGACUUCAUUGGAGAAUUCAGUUCAACUUUCAAGGAAAUGCGAGGAGCAAUGGAAGGAAGACAGGUUCAGUGGGAGUGUAUAAACCCCAAGUAUAAAGUAAAGAAGAAGAAUUACAAAAACUCUGGCAUCGUCAUUCUUAAUCUGUGCAAGAUUCACAAGAUGCAUUCAUUCUUAGAUUACAUAAUGGGUGGCUGCCAAAUACAGUUUACAGUGGCUAUAGAUUUUACAGCCUCAAAUGGUGAUCCUCGGAACAGCUGUUCUCUCCACUAUAUUCAUCCAUAUCAACCAAAUGAAUACUUGAAGGCACUAGUGGCUGUUGGAGAAAUCUGCCAAGACUAUGACAGUGAUAAAAUGUUCCCAGUGUAUGGCUUUGGAGCCAGGAUACCUCCCGACUAUAAAGUAUCUCAUGAUUUUGCAAUCAACUUUAAUGAAGAUAAUCCAGAAUGUGCAGGGAUUCAAGGGGUUGUGGAAGCAUAUCAGAAUUGCCUCCCAAAGCUUCAGCUUUAUGGACCAACCAACAUUGCUCCCAUCAUCCAAAAGGUGGCUAAAUCAGCAUCAGAAGAAACAAACACCAAGGAGGCAUCGCAAUAUUUCAUUUUGUUGAUUCUGACGGAUGGGGUCAUCACAGACAUGGCUGACACACGUGAAGCCAUCGUCCAUGCCUCUCACCUCCCCAUGUCAGUCAUCAUUGUUGGAGUCGGAAAUGCUGAUUUCAGUGACAUGCAGAUGCUUGACGGGGAUGAUGGCAUCCUGCGGUCUCCCAAGGGAGAACCAGUUCUACGAGAUAUUGUUCAAUUUGUGCCAUUCAGAAACUUCAAACAUGCAUCCCCAGCUGCAUUAGCAAAAAGUGUUUUGGCUGAAGUUCCAAAUCAAGUGGUUGACUAUUAUAAUGGGAAAGCAAUUAAACCAAAAUGUAUGUCAGAAUAUGAGUCUUCCAAGACACUAGCUCCAUGAACUUUCCUACAUACUUGACAGAGUUCAGAUAUACUAUUUACAACUAUUGUACUUAAAAUGAAAAUAGCACGUUUUUGUGAUUUUUACUUAAAUUCCCCUCCCCUCUUUCAUUUUUGCAUGUGUAGCCUAAAGGCUUACAAGUAAAGAUUAAACUACUGUAUUGUUGAAGACUUUUUAUGGAAAAAAACAAACAAAAUUAUUACUCUUUACAUUACAGCAUGUCAUCUUUAAAAGUUAUCUGUAUCUGUUUUUUAUACUGGUUUGUUGAAAUUUUGCUAAAUUUCUUAUUAUCUUUACACUGUAAAGCAUUUUGAAACAUUUAUUGGAAGUUGAUAGCCAAAAUAUCUUUGGGUUUAUCUGCUAUGAAAGGAAAAGUUUUUUUCAAAGUGGCAGAUGCAUGGAUUGUAUUUGCAUGUUCCAGAAUAAAAACAACACAGUUUUGCA